ACAAAAAUUACAGAAAAUAUAUACUCUUUUAAAGGGCAAGAAGCAAAAAGUGUAGUAAUGGCGGAAGAAGUGUUGUUGUUUGGUGUUUGGGGAAGCCCCUUUAGUCGCAGAGUAGAGAUGGCUCUGAAACUGAAAGGAGUGGAGUACAAAUACAUGGAGGAAGAUAUAACCAACAAGAGUCCUGCGCUUCUAAAAUACAACCCCAUUCACAAGAAGAUUCCCGUGCUCGUACACAACGGAAAGCCUAUCGCCGAGUCUCAAGUUAUUCUCGAAUACAUUGAUGAGACAUGGCAAGGCUAUUCCUUAUUGCCCAAAGAUCCGUAUCAGAGAGCCGUUGCACGUUUCUGGGCCAAGUUCAUAGACGACAAGUGCUUGCAGCCAGUAUUUAAAGCUUGCUGGGGCGAAGAGAAGGACCGCGAGAAGGCCGCGGAAGAAGCAACUGAGCUUCUUAAGUUUCUAGAGGAAGAGCUCAAGGAAAAGAGGUUCUUCGGAGGAGAGAGUAUUGGAAUGGUAGACAUUGUCGCCAGCGUCAUUGCCUUUUGGCUUGGAGUUUUUGAAGAAGCUUCGGGGGUAAAGUUGUUGACCACAGAGAAAUUUCCCAAACUUUGCAACUGGGCUCAUGAGUUCGUGAGCAACGGUGUUAUCAAGGAAAAUCUACCUCCAAGAGACAAACUAAUUGCCUAUUUCCGAAAUCGCUUUGAGGGCGCUAAUGCUUCCAAAUAGAUAGAUGAAUUUACCGGUGACACUCACGUACAGUUCGUGAAAAUCACUUGCCAUAACAAUUCACCACUGUAAUAAAUAAAUGAGCUUCUGUCAUAUGCUUGUAAUUUCGUCUGAAUUUCUGCCGUCUUGUGAUGCCUCUGUUUUUCUUUUUGUUUUCCUUUUGGAAGUGUUUAGGCUUUAUGUAUUGAAGUGAUGAUUUCUCCUUACGUUAUAUUGGAUGAAUCUAUAUAUGUUACGAUGAAAGUUCAAUUUUGAACAUGCUGGAGCUGUUGGCCAAACACAUCAUCCACUAGUAAUCAGCAUAUACUCUCUUCUUUUUUU